AUGGUGGUCAGCCCAACUAGGAGCACUGGCGACGUCACCGAUGAGGAUCUGCAGGAGCUGGUGGCGAAAAGGCUUAUACUCGAAUCAGGUGUCGACUUUGAAUCACGCCCCCUACUAGCAAUAUACGGUUGCUACUUACCAAAUCCCAAGCAUGCCAAUUAUGAUCGUUUGCUCGCCUUGAUCAAGGACAGACUCGACCAGUUUGUAGAGAGUGAUUAUGCGGUCGUGCUGUUUUCGUCUGGAGCUUCGUAUCAGCCACCAAUGACAUGGUUUUAUAGUGCAUAUAAGCAACUUGGAAGAAAAUACCGAAAGAAUCUAAAAAAUCUCUAUAUUGUGCAUCCUAAUAUGCUGACCAAGUUGCUUUUGCAAGUAAUGGGAACAGUCAUUAGUCCCAAAUUCUUCAAGAAGGUCAUAUCUGUACAUAAUCUCACUCAGCUGGAAACUCUCAUUCCUAUCAAGCAACUGAUUAUACCGGAUGUGGUUCGAGAGCGAGUGCAUGCUAAUGUAAAGUUUGAACCAAAAGAGUCGUCAUCUUUGAUGAAGCCAAAACAGUUACUUGGACCAAAACGCUACUUUGGUGCCAGACUAGAAGAUAUGAUGGGCAAGGACGGUGAAUUGGGAGUGCCACUUGUGAUUUCAGACUGUAUAGCAUAUAUACGGCGUGAUGACAAUUUGAAGACGGAAGGACUCUUCCGGCGCUCCCCUUCCUCACAAAGACUGAAAGACAUAAAAGUCCUAUACGAGAGAGGAGAGAAGGUCGACUUGUCAUCUUUGUGCGAUGAUGUGCAUCUACCGUGUGUAUUGAUCAAGAUGUUUUUUCGAGAAUUGAGUCAGCCAAUCUUUCCUGCUUCUCAUUACCACUCUCUCAAGAUUCUCUCAACUCUCGGGCACGCUGCUGCCCCUAUUUAUAUCCGCACAAACGUUAUACCGAGUCUGCCACCCGCAAGCCGUGUCUUAUUAAAGGCAAUCUUUUUCUUGCUCCAUGCCGUAUCUAAACAAUCAUCAGAUAAUCUCAUGACACCAUACAACUUGACAGUUGUUUUUGGGCCCAACAUAUUUAGAAGCGAAGACCCUCUGCAAGAUCUGGCUAUCGCCUCCGUCUCCUCUUCAGGGAACCAAGGUGGUGGUGGAGGUCUAUGGUUGAUGUACUGCAUAGAACGCUAUCCUGAGAUCUUUGGCUCUGAUGACGAGGUGACCUUAAUAGCUGCGCCGAUCGUCGACGCGGUAAAGACUGCCACCUUAUCCGUAACGGAACGCCCACAAUUCAACGCCAGCAAGUCACCACGUGUUAUACCCUCAACUAUUGUUGCUAAUCAAGAGGAAGACUUUGAAGAUGUUGUUUGUGAAGAUGAUGAUAUUGAAACAAGGCUGCAGAAUGAUCUGCUUAUAGACGAUGCUGAAGAUUUGUAA